AUGAGCGACGACGGAACUGGGACUAACAACGGCAAUGUAUCACCAAAAGGGAAUGAAAGUGAAACCAGUGAUGAAGCAACUGAUCAUAUGGUUACUGCGGGUACUGAAUUGAGUACCCCCACUUGUACAACAGGACGAUCUUCAACUUCAAUAGCCUUAGAUAACGUUCUUGAAGAAGAUCCAAAUGAUAAUAAUAAGGAGGAUGGUAAUGGAGAUGGAAAUGGUCUUCAUAGUUUAGUUGAUAAGAGUAGUGAUAAGAGUAGUGACGAUGAAACAGAAGCAGAUGAAGAUGAAGCAGAAGAUACUGAUGAUGAUGAUGAUGAUGAUGAUGAUGAUGAUGAUGAUGAUGAUGAUGAUGAUGAUGAUGAUGAUGAUGAAAUUCCUCCGAGAUUAAAGUAUUCUAGAUUGAACCAGCUACUGUCCAACUUCUUUACCAAAGACCCUAUAUCUGCCUGUGCUUUUCAUGACAAUGUUCUUAUAUUUGCUACCCACACGGGUAUAUUGCAUCUUGUGAGACCAGAUUACUCGGUAUUGAGGACCUUCAAGGCUCAUAAAGCUUCCAUUUUACUGGUGUAUACCGAUGGCUUAUAUUUUGCCAGUGGUUCUAUGGAUGGAACCAUUGUGAUUGGAUCCAUUAGAGACGAAAAAGAUAUAAUUGCUUACGAUUUUAGUAGACCCAUACAUGCAGUUGUAUUUGAUAAGGCAUAUGGCAGAAGCAGAAGCUUUAUCAGUGGAGGAAUGAGUGGUAAAGUGAUUUAUUCCACCAAGAACUGGUUGGGCCAAAGAGUUGAUACUAUAUUAGAAGAAGGUCAUGGUCCAAUAGUUGGUAUUAAAAUUAUAGAUGAUAUUGUAUUUUGGAUGAACGAUAAGGGAAUUACAUUCUUUGAUAUUUCCAAUCGUCUGAUUAUUCAUACAAUAGAGAAACCCAAAGAUUCCCCCCGCGGUGAUCUUUAUUGGCCACGGGUUCAUAUUCCAGAAGCUAAUCGAAUAUUAGUUGCUUGGGGGAAUUAUGUCUGGUCCCUUGUGGUUCAAUCAGGUAAACUAAAUGAAGACAACAAUGGACUUCACAAUAAUUCUGCAGGUAGUGGUGCAAGCUCUAUAUACAAAGUAUUACCUUCAACUGCUUCUAUUUCCUUUAGAACAUCGAUUGUUAAGAAAGUUGAAGUGGAACAUAGUUUUAAAUUCGAUGAUGCUUUGAUUUGUGGAAUAUCAACCUUCACUAAUGAUUCAUUAUUACUUUUAAUAUUCAAUCCUCCUACAUUUCUGGAAAAUGACCAGGGAGUCAUGAUACCAACUUAUAAUAGUCCUGAUGUUCGUCUUGUUAAUGCUACUACUGGUGAACUUGAAUUUGAGGAGGAAAUUGGCCUCAAGAACGCUAAAGGUUUAGGAUUAAAUGAUUAUAAAUUGGGUACAUUGAUUGAUAAUAAGAGUUUACCCAAAUAUUUCAUUAUUAGUGCAACUGAUGGAGUGUUGGGGGAACAAGUACUGUUAUACGACCAACUGCAAUGGUUUAUAAGUAAAGAAAGAUACCUUGAAGCGUGGAGAAUUACCGAACAUUUACUUCCAAGAGUAAAAAGGUUAAAUUUGGGUAUUUCACAUGUUGAUAGUUUAGUAUCCAAGGAAAAAUGGCAAGAAGCAGCCAAUUUCUUAGGAAGUCUACUUGAAGUGGAAUAUUCAGACUUACCAGAUAAUUUCACUACGGUUUCAUCAAUCUCAACAGAAGAAAAGGAUGUAUAUACUCGAGAAGUGAUUUCUCAAUGGGAUGCAUGGAGUCGAAUUUUCAUUGAAAGUAAUCAUGUUGGUGAAAUUGCAACCGUUAUACCCACAUCACCUAAAUUGAAUUUACCAAAGCAUAUUUUUAAUCAUAUUCUUGAACAUUAUCUAAAAACAGAUCAAGAUGAAUUUAUUAGGUUGUUAACCACAUGGAGUUUAGAUUUAUUUGAUUUCAAAUCAAUUGAAACACAAUUAGAAGAGGAGUUGGAAUUAAAAUCUUCAAAUACAAAAUUAAGAAUUACCUUAUCAGAGUUAUAUGUGAAUUCUUAUGAGCCAACGAAGUCCGUGCCCCAUUUAGUAUAUUUGAAAGAUCCUUGCAUUAUUCAAUUUUUAUUCAAACAUCAUUUGCUAACCACGUAUCAAGAGAAACUUCCAGAAUUUAUUAAUUUACGGUUUAAUAGCAAAAAGAAGUUUGAAACAUUACCAAUUCCCGAAUUAGAAGACUCACUAAGUGAUAUUAUUGAUAUACUUGUUGAUAGUCGACAUGAACUAUUACCCAAUGAAAUAGUUAAACUUUUCUUCAAAUCACGAAUGGAUAUUGUUAAUUAUUUUUAUUUACAAAAGUUAAUGAGUGUGGAUGAUUUCUUAGUGCAAUCGUUUGGGAAUGAGUUGGUUAAACUUUAUUCACAAUUUGAUAAGGCAAAACUUAUUGGAUAUCUUAGUUCCAAUAAUAAUUAUGAGAUUGAACGAGCCAUUGAGUUAUGCGAAGCCAACGAAUAUAUACCUGAAUUGGUAUAUUUAUUGGGUAAAAUUGGAGAAAACAAAAAGGCAUUACGGUUGAUGAUUGAUAAAUUAGAUGAUCCAGAAACUGCAAUUAAUUUUGCUAAACAUCAAAAUGAUAAAGAAACUUGGACAAUCUUAAUUGACCAUUCAAUGGAUAAACCUAAAUUCAUUAAGGCUUUAAUUGAAGAUUCAGAUGAAUUGCUGUCACAAUUUUAUGACCCUAUUGAUAUUCUUCAAAGAAUGUCCAAAAAUGUUGAAGUUUGGGGAUUAAACAAUUCAAUCAUUAAAUUCUCCUAUAAUAAUGAAUUGAAUCUUGUUUUAAAUCAAUUGAUUUAUCAACUUGUGGUCAAGAAUACUGAAGAUUUAUCUGAAUAUUUAAGGCUUGAUAGAAUCAAAGGGUUUGAAAUUAAUAUUCAAAAAUUAUUUUCCAAGGGGUUUAUCAAUGAAAAUGACUCAAUAAUUCUACUCAAAAAUCAUAAAGGAGAGCUAAGUUAUUUGAAUGAAGCUUCAUUGAUCGAUAUAAAACAUAAGGCAGUGUUCACGACAUUAACUUCGAAAUACGACCAUCUUGAACAAGUCAAACGUCAAAUCAAACAGAAGAACAGUCCUUGA